UUUUGUCAACUGUCUCUGCAAUUCUAUAUAUAGCAGGACCUACUGGGCUCUGAAACCAUACCCAUUCGCCUUCUCUUCGGAGGACUUCCUCUCCUAACUACAUUAUCCUCUUGUCUAAUCUCACAGCUUCAAUACCUAAAGUUCAAAGGCUUUUCAGUAUUGCAGAAUGGGGAUCACAGGGGAAACCGUCUAUGGUGCAUACACGUAUGAGAAUCUUGAGAGGGAACCAUACUGGCCAUCGGAGAAGCUCCGAAUUUCCAUCACUGGGGCUGGUGGCUUUAUCGCCUCCCACAUCGCCCGGCGCUUGAAGAGCGAAGGCCACUACAUUAUUGCUUCUGAUUGGAAGAAGAAUGAGCACAUGACUGAAGACAUGUUCUGUCAUGAAUUCCACCUUGUGGACCUGAGGGUUAUGGAAAAUUGCUUGAAGGUCACUAAAGGAGUUGACCAUGUGUUUAAUCUUGCUGCUGACAUGGGUGGGAUGGGCUUCAUUCAGUCCAACCAUUCAGUUAUCAUGUAUAACAACACAAUGAUCAGUUUCAACAUGCUUGAGGCUGCCAGGAUCAAUGGGGUAAAGAGAUUUUUCUAUGCCUCUAGCGCUUGUAUCUACCCUGAAUUUAAGCAACUGGAAACUAAUGUGAGCUUGAAGGAGUCUGAUGCCUGGCCGGCUGAGCCUCAAGAUGCUUAUGGCUUAGAGAAGCUUGCAACAGAGGAGUUGUGCAAGCACUACACCAAGGACUUUGGAAUAGAGUGCCGUAUUGGAAGGUUCCAUAACAUUUAUGGUCCUUUUGGAACAUGGAAAGGUGGGAGGGAGAAAGCUCCGGCUGCUUUCUGUAGAAAGACUCUUACUUCCACUGAUAAGUUUGAGAUGUGGGGAGAUGGACUUCAGACCAGAUCCUUCACCUUCAUUGAUGAAUGUGUAGAAGGUGUACUUAGAUUGACAAAGUCAGACUUCCGUGAGCCAGUGAAUAUUGGAAGUGAUGAAAUGGUUAGCAUGAAUGAGAUGGCUGAGAUUGUUCUCAGCUUUGAGAACAAGACACUCCCUAUCCACCACAUUCCUGGCCCAGAGGGAGUUCGUGGUCGUAACUCUGACAACACCCUUAUCAAAGAGAAGCUUGGUUGGGCUCCUACAAUGAGGUUGAAGGAUGGUCUGAGAUUUACCUACUUUUGGAUCAAGGAACAGAUUGAGAAAGAGAAGGCUCAAGGUGUUGACCUGACUGUUUACGGGUCAUCUAAGGUGGUUGGAACCCAAGCUCCUGUUCAACUAGGCUCACUUCGUGCUGCUGAUGGAAAAGAAUGAGGUGGCCGAGACCCAAAAGCUCAAUAAGUUGCAUGAAAGAAAUCCAAGUGUUGAUUAUUAAGUUGAGCUAUGAUAUCAAUAUCCUUUCUGUAGUAUGUUGAUUUCUACACUGGGAUUCUUUUAUGCUCUAAAUUUAUGUGGUCGAGCUUUUCAAGCAACCUGCUCCCAUAGGGUGGCUUGUUAGUCCUUGAGCUAGGGAUGAUCCACUUUUUUACGCUGUGUUUUCGGUAUUGUAAUAAUGCUCAAUGAGUAUUUUGCUUAUCUCCGUUUA